AUGAUUGCAAGUAUCAAGACCCUCCUCCUCACCGCAGCCCUGAGCACGAGCGCCCUCGGCGCCGUCUCUGCAACAUUCAACCGCUACUUUGAGGCAGGCUGCGCCACGGCGCUCGGCCCCGUGACGCUGGUCGAAGGGUACUGCGUCAAUGUCGCAGGCUUCCCCAUUCUCAGCUGGGGCUCCUCUGGCAUCAGUGGAGCGUGCGAAGACGCUUCGACGUCGCCUGUUAUUAAGAUUUUCUCGGAGCCUGGGUGUGAGACCGGGUUGAUUGGGGAAUUUGCUGUUGGGGAGGAGGCGCAGUGUGUCGAGGCCGAUGUGACGAUUCAGAGUGUGACGCUUGUUUGUGAGUAG